UAUUUAGUGGGGACUUCGAUGCUGACCCUUUUAUUUUCUUAAUCAUUCUUGUAAGGCUCUGGUUCUGGUAGCUUUGGCUUAAUCUAAUAGCUGAGAUCAAUAGAGAGCUUUGAGCUGAGCAUAGCAGAGAAGAGUUAUGGGGAAAGGAGGGAUGUCUCACGGAGAAGGCUCAAAGGUUGGAGAAGAGAACAUGGCUGCUUGGUUGGUUGGUAUCAAUACCCUUAAGAUCCAACCUUUUCCUCUUCCUUCUGUUGGUCCUCAUGAUGUGAGAGUUAGGAUGAAAGCUGUUGGUAUUUGUGGAAGUGAUGUUCAUUACCUUAAGACCAUGAGAUGUGCGGAUUUUGUGGUGAAAGAACCGAUGGUGAUGGGACAUGAAUGUGCUGGGAUCAUUGAAGAAGUAGGUGAAGAAGUGAAACAUCUAGUGGUUGGUGACCGUGUUGCUCUUGAACCUGGGAUCAGUUGUUGGAGAUGCAAUCUCUGCAGGGAAGGAAGAUACAACCUUUGUCCAGAGAUGAAGUUCUUUGCAACCCCACCAGUUCAUGGCUCUCUAGCUAACCAAGUAGUUCACCCUGCGGAGCUAUGCUUCAAAUUGCCUGAGAAUGUGAGUUUGGAGGAAGGAGCAAUGUGUGAACCACUAAGUGUUGGUGUGCAUGCAUGUCGUCGAGCUGAGGUCGGCCCUGAAACAAAUGUCUUGGUAAUGGGAGCUGGACCUAUUGGCCUUGUCACCAUGUUGGCCGCUCGGGCUUUCGGUGUGCCUAGAAUUGUUAUUGUGGAUGUUGAUGAGAACCGUUUAUCUGUAGCCAAACAGCUCGGUGCAGAUGGGAUUGUUCAAGUGACAACAAGCUUAGAGGAUGUUGGUUCUGAGGUUGAACAAAUCCAGAAAGCUAUGGGGUCAAACAUUGAUGUGACAUUCGAUUGUGCGGGUUUUAACAAAACCAUGUCGACAGCAUUAGCAGCCACUCGGUGUGGUGGUAAAGUCUGUCUUGUUGGAAUGGGUCAUGGUAUAAUGACUGUCCCUCUCACUCCUGCAGCUGCAAGGGAGGUAGAUGUGGUAGGUGUAUUCAGGUACAAGAACACAUGGCCUUUGUGUCUUGAGUUCCUGACAAGUGGUAAGAUUGAUGUAAAGCCACUCAUAACCCACAGAUUCGGUUUCUCUCAGAAGGAAGUGGAAGACGCCUUUGAAACCAGUGCUCGUGGGAGCAAUGCCAUCAAAGUUAUGUUCAAUCUCUGAAAACAAUCUAUGCUUUCUGAGUUUCUGUAAUAAUGAUGCUUCUGUAACUUUGUUAUCAACUCUGAAUCUCUCAUGAAUAGAUAAAUCCAUUAUGACAAA